AUGAGGGUUGUGGAAUCAGGUCACGGUUGUGGCGGUGAAACGCCUCCACCUCCACCACCUCCUCCUCCGCCUCCUCCACAAUACAUGCCUGAUCUUAGGUUGUUUUGGGAUGCAUUGUUGGCCGCUGCACCUAGGCCAGUCGAGCAUGCUCAAGUGGUUGGAUGUUCCUUUGUUCAUUUUAGCAGGCAUAAUUUGCCCAAUUUCUAUGGGGAUGAGGGGCCAAUUGCAGCUAGUGAUUGGCUUACCUCUUAUGAGGAUUUGAUAGAGACAUUGCCCUGUACAUAUGCACAAAAGGUGGACUAUGCAAACCUAAAGCUAAGAGGUGAGACAAAGAACUGGUGGAAGUCCAGGAAAAUACACCUCAUUACAGAGUAUGGGCAAGGUGUUCCUAUCCCUUGGGAGCGCUUUAAAAGAGAGUUUAACGAUCGUUUCUUCCCACAUGCCCAGAGGCAGCAAUGUGCAAGAGAUUUUCAAGAUCUGAAACAGGGGUCUACGACAGUUGAGCAGUACUCGGCUAAAUUUCAAAGGUUAUCAAGGUACACCCCGAACCUUAUACCUAAUGAAGAAUUAAAAGCUGAGUGA